GCUAAUUAGACGACGCAUACUCUACGGCAUGGCGUCUUCGGUCUAUCAGUUGAACAGAACCUCAUUAGCUGAGUGAUACCCUCUUCGUCGGACCUGCUCCCGACACUUCGGGGAUACCAAUCGUGGUACGACCGAAACUAGAAAAUGAUGCCAUCGGUUGGUAGUGCCUCUACAUGUGUCUACGUGGACACAACGCGAUGCCAUGUGUUGCGGCAAUAUGUCGUGAUAAGGACCCCAAAUGAUGCCAUCGGCAAGGUGAAAGCAACCAUUGUCCCCUAUCCUACGCGCCAGCAGCCUUCCAGCUCUACCACGGCGUGGCAAUUAAUGCAGACAUUUUUCCCAGCCAAAUUACCACCCCCUCCAUAGACAUGGCUCCCGCUAUAGCAGAUGUUUCACCUACAUCUACACAGUCCAAGUCAAGCAAAGGGUUUCCAGUCCCUUUGCCGUUGAGCGGUGCUCUUGAUCAGUUUGAGUCCAAGGAUUUGACCCCCGUAAUCGGGACCGAAUUCAAGAAUGUCAACCUUGUCGAUUGGUUGAAUGCUCCCAACUCUGACGAGCUUCUACGAGACCUAGCAAUCACGAUCUCACGACGUAACGUCGUGGUCUUCCGUAAACAAGAUGAUUUGGACAACAACCUACAAAAGGUCCUCAUCCAACGAUUGGGAGAAUUGUCGGGCAAACCUGCCACAUCCAAACUACAUAUCCAUCCUACGGUCAAUAUUGCCUCUGAAGGCCAUACAAAGGACAAAGAGAUCAGCGUUAUCGACUCUACAAGAGGACGAAUCAUAUUCAAGGGUGUCCAGGACCGGGAGGUGAUCAAACCCAGCAAUACCGACCAGUGGCAUUCGGAUAUCACUUUUGAACCUGUACCGAGCGACUACGCAGUCCUUCGACUCACCAAGCUCCCUAAGACAGGUGGCGACACCCUGUUCGCUUCUGGUUACGAUGUAUAUGACCGAAUCUCACCUGCCUAUCGAAGGUUUCUCGAAUCAUUGACGGCAACAUACGGGCAGCCAAAGUUCGGAAAAGCAGCGGCCGCGAAUGACUUCAAGCUAUUUACUGAAGAGCGUGGGGCUCCCGAGAACGUCGGAGACAAGCUGGAAGCCAUUCACCCAGUGAUUCGAACCAACCCUGUAACCGGGUGGAAGUCUGUCUUUGCCGUCGGUCACCAUGUCCAGCACAUCAAUGGAGUAACCCAGGAGGAGUCUCAAGCACUACUGAGCUGGUUCACUCGCUUGAUCGUCGAGAACCACGAUUUGCAGGUCCGGGUGCACUGGGAUAACCCUAAUGACGUGGUCAUCUGGGACAAUCGCUCUACCUACCAUGCAGCCACGCCAGACUAUCAAGGUCUUGGUACGCGGACAGGACAACGUGCUGUUAGUCUUGGUGAACGACCGUACCUUGACCCUCAAAGCAGAUCUAGGCGAGAGACACUCGCGAGUACUGGGAAACACGCCGUUGCGCUUUUGAAGCUCACGACAGAGGAUAUUGCAGGCCUGAAUGUUGAAUAAAGGGAGCUUGGGCGAAAAUUUUCUUGAAAUUUGUUCAUAAACCCCCUUUUAAGCUCGGG